GCUGUGGGGCCAGUGUAUAACCCGCCUGCUCCAGCGAGGGACGCACACAGGACUGCGUGUGUCUCACAGCCCAGCAAACCCGUCCUGAUCCAAAUUAACCCUUUCGCCGCUGUUGGUCCUCCUGCGGGGAGCUGGCUGGCUGCUGCUCAGGUAAAUCCUUGAACACAGACCAACCAUGGACUUCAGAGAGAGGACAGAAAGCAAGGAUGUCUCAAGAAACUGGAACUGAUUUGGUCAGCACCUGCUGCAGAUAAAAGCCGCAUCAAGGACUGAAUGAAGCAUUUAAAAAACAAAACCCACUCAGAUUCCACGUCUGGGCAAAAGUCACAAUCCGAUUGUAUUGGGAAGGGUUUUCUCCAAUCACAUCCUGUCGGCAAACCACGCUUGCGGUGUAAUCCAGUGAGCUGUUUCAAAACUGUGAUUAAGAAGGGCUCUGCCGACACUGCCCGACCCACUGUGGGUGUGUUAGUUUAUCACUGGCUCCAGAUGGAGACUCAGGUCUGCAUGUCACAGCUUUUGGAGAUGCAAAAGAUGGAGAACGGGUCGUGUCCUGCUGAGAAGAGAGAGCCAGAUCCACUCCUGGGUUCCCAGGAAACCCAAGUGCAACAAAAUGGGGACACUCCCGUCACCAUCUCUCCAAAGGAUGGAGAGAGCAGCAAAGUUGACCCUGCAGGUUUGCUGUCUGGGUUCAAAUCAUGGGUACGUCACCGGGCAGUUCCGAGUGUGGUUCUCAAUUUCAUGCUGAUCAUCAUCCUCAUCCUCAUCCUCAUCAUCGUCCUCAUCUCCAUGUCAGCAACGAAACCUGAGCCGUGUCCAGCUGGUGCUGCCUGCCCAGUGGCCGCCUGCCCAGAUGGCUGGAUCGGGCACCUGGGGAAGUGUUACUAUUUCUCACAGGCUGAAGGGAACUGGACCCACAGCCAGAGCCACUGCUCUGCCCUCGGUGCCUCCCUGGCAGCGAUUGACACCCAGCAGGAAAUGGAAUUCAUGAAGCGCUGUAAAGGACUUGAGGACCACUGGAUCGGCCUCCGGAAGAGCCCUGGCCAGCGCUGGAAAUGGUCCAACGGCACCGAAUUCAACAACUGGUUUCACAUAGGAGGCGGUGGAGAUUGUGCUUAUACGAACAGCUACGGGAUUGCCAGUUCAAGCUGCUCCGGACAGUUGCCCUGGAUCUGCCGCAAACCAGUGGAAUAGGUAGAAGGCAGUUCAAAGCUAAUGUCAUAUGGCCUGUCCCUGCCCCUGCCCAUCAUUUAAAGGUGCUGGAUUCACCGCUGGAUGGCGCCUCCUCCUGGCCGUCCUGGGGAUUAGCUCUGUGCGGCCAGUGUCUCUGCCGGCCCAGCAAGCCUCGCUCGAACUGCCCAGAAAGGCCACAGACUCGGCUCGGUGACGAAGGCUCUGUGCCAGGUUUAUUGCCCACAAAGCAUGGUGCCAGCACCCCGUAGACACUAAAAGAACACUACUACAGGUGGGCCCGGGACUUUCCACUUUCCCCUUGGCCAGACAAAGACCCCCCCUCCUAUAACUUCUCUUUUAUACACUGAUGCAAAUAAGGUACGUGUCACCCCCCUGACAUGAA